GCGAGACGUGGAUUCUUCCUAAAAUGGCGGCGGUUCCUAUCAGUGUAGAGUGAAACUUUGCUAAUUUUAGCGGAAAUUUAGUCAUUUUUCCCCACAUUUGAUCGGUUGUAGUCUGAUGAUUUUUACAGUAGACGUUGUUGGAACUCUCACACGAUCAUUUUUGAUCACCAGGACCAAGCGGACUCGUUUAGGGCUCCGGUUUUGACGUCUGGUCUGUGGGCUUCCCUCGAAGUUGACGGUUGCUGAGUGCCUGACAUUGCUCUCAUACCGACUGUUGUUGUCACCUGGCUGCUGAACGCGGAACCGUUGAGGCUGUUCGUCGGCCGAGCAGAGAGCUAGCUAACCGGAGAAAGCUCAGAGGAGUGUGGGGUCUAUGCUGAUCCGGAUCCAGUCGGUUCGGGUCUGAGAACGUGUCAGCUGUCAGAGAUCUUAGGUGUUGGAUGUCACUUGCAGUCACAGUCAGCCUCAGUCUGGUUUGCAAGCAUCGUGUGAGUAUCACUGUCUGAAUGUGUGUGUGUGUGUGUGUGUGUGUGUGUGUGUGUGUGUGUGUGUGUGUGUGUGUGUGUGUGUGUGUGUGUGUGUGUGUGUGUGUGUUUGUGGCCUACACUCAUUCACACACUGUCUAACUACAGUAACAGAUAGUCUUUAAAUUAGCCAACUGUCAUUCAGCAGGUCAGGGCUGCAUUCAAAGGGGGGCUGGGGUACCUUGCCCAUUAGUGGCCCUCCCACUCCCUUUUUGUGCAAAGCAGCCCAUCUAAAUUAAACAGUGGUGACAGGAAAAACAGGAGUAAUUUGGUAAUACCAUAGUUUGAAAUCAGAUGAUGUAUGAUGUAAUGGUUAUAGAGAGCCCAGACUAAGGGACAGUAAGGCAAAUGUGUAAGUCAUCACUUUUUUGAUCAGCCAUGGGGGACAUAACUUGUAAACAAACAAAGUUUUGAUGGGUAUGAGAGCUCGGAGACCAGGAUAAGAAUAUGUUAAUCUAGCUGUAUAAGAACAAGCAAACAUAUAACAUUCAUUUUUAUCAGAAAUUUUUGGCAUUGUACUCACUUUUAUAAAUAAGAAAUACGUGAGAUAUUUGUUGGAAUCCUCCAUGAAUAACCAACCUCAGCUGUAAGAAUCAAGUUAUUAAAAAGCAGCAGGGCUGUGAACAUAGCUAGCUGUUGACCACUAUGUUGCUGCCCUGUAUGGUUCCAGAUAUUACAGUUAAGAAAGUGAUUAUCCGACUCACGUGAAACUGUUGAAAUACAGUCUGAAAUAACAUUGUACCAGUUUGUGGGACCUCCUUUGUAUCACAUUCAUCCAGUUUGAUGAAGGCAGACUGAGAAGAUCUUCCCAAAAACCGUUAAACAUGGAUUAUUUUUUUUCAAACUUUGCUGAUCCAAAAUGACAUUUUUGUUUGUCUCACAGGGCAUUAAAUUUGAAUUCUCAAUGACAGGGGUGAACUUAUAAUUGGGUCAGGAAAAUUGAUUUGGCUGUUAAAGGUACCUUGAAAUGAGCGGCAUUGGCUGAUUUCUAAGCUGUUUCAGGUGGAGAGUAUUUGAUUGUAACGUUCAUGGAACCAUUCAUCCAUCCAUCUAUUUUCUACUGCUUAUCUCGACUUGAGUAGAUGCCCAAGCCACCUCAUUGAUUCCUCUCAACGUGGAGGAGCAGUGGCUCAGCCCCCCUUCAAAAGAAACUCAUUUCAGUGGCUUGUACCUGCAGUCUUGUUCUUCAUCAUGACACAGAGAUCCUUGAACCCCUCCACCUCCCCUCAUCCCUCAUCUUGAAAGGGCACCUUUUUCAAGAUUAUGACAUGUUUACCUUGUAAUUGGAAACUUUGCAUACAUGUUGUCUGGACACCAAACUUUGUAACUUCUUACUUUUUGUUGUAAAUGUGGAAAAGCAUGAUACCCUCCUUUAAUCUAACAGAGAUUGUAUUGACAUAAAGCAUGUGUUGUUUGAAAUAACUCAGUCAUCUAAAAUCAAUGGGAAUCUUAGCUACAGGGCUUUCGGCAGUUCAUUAUGGCUCAGUGUCUCUCUAAGUUUCUGAAAAAAAUAUUUUGCAGCUUUAAUUGAUUGGACGAGUGGGAAGGAAGAGAGUCUGUCUGUCAUAUGUUACAGGAAAACUCCUGCACACAGUCUAAAGAACCUUUUAUCAACAAUGAUUUCUAUUGACAGUAUAGACAAUUGUGCUUAUCGUUUCUGCAGUUGUAACUUUUGUCAAACAUCCUCUUUGGGUCCUUGGAGACAGAGAAGAACAUUGAGACAGAUCAUGGUUGGUAGGGACAGAUAAUUUUUUGUGUGUGUGCAGCCAGACUUCAUGCCACCCCACUCAACCAAUCUGGACACUGUCCUGCUGCUGGAUAUGUGAUAUAACACAGUAAAUGUGUAACUGUCAUCCUUCUUGAUGUAAAUGAUUCAGCAUAUUGUUUAACUGUGUUACACUAUAGUAGAAUAAAUGCUUAGCAGAUGACUUGUUUAGUUUGAACUUGUCUCCUGCUGAGUCAGUGAUAGAAACAUUUAAACACAGGAGUCAGACCUCUUUCUGCUCACUUCCCAUUUCUAAAUGACUUGUAUUUCUGUUCUUGUUUCCUGGUUCCAUCAUGACGAGCAGCAAUCUUGGCAAAUCAAAUGGAGAAGCUCCAGGACCUGAGCCAAUCAGAGCUGCAGGAGCUCCUGGACACGCCAGAGAGGGUGGAGUCUAUGGCUCUCGAGUCUGAUGAGGUAAAAAUGAUCUUCAUUUUCCAUUUGGCUGACAUGUUCCAGAGGCAGCAUUAAGUGGCUCUGGUCAUUUAACUGACUCUGGCUCUGCUGGUUAAUCUCUUUAGAACUCUGCAACCAGCUGAGUGUCUGAGGACAAGGGCAGCACCUUCCAGCUCGUGUAGACUCUGUACAAACUCUGCUUUUGUUGUGUAGACUGGUGGGAAAAGAAACACAGUCUCUGUGAGCUGCUCUAAUACAAACAGAGGAGUCAGGUGAGGCCGUGAUGACAGGGAGGGGCUAAGGACGGUUUUACACCACAAAAGAAGCAAAAAAAAAAUACUCUGUUCCACUCAGUCACAUUUUCCGCGGGAACAAAAGGAAAGCUUAUGAAAGAAAAAAACUGUUUAUGACUACCUCACAUGUAUCUGAGAAAUAAGAUGUACACUGGCAGCCACCCUAAAAUCUUGGUUUACAAAAUAACCAAUGAUCUGAAUGCUUGUUAAUCGCAGAGCAUCAAAUUACAAAAUCUAAUGAGCUCAGGUAUAUUUGUCAUUGAAAGACAGUAAACAAAUAAAAUGAUGAGGCACAGAUUACGAUCACAGUAACGAUGGCUGGAGGGAAGGUUCGCUUGUUAUUUUUAAUGAGAAAGAAAGACAGUGGGGUCCAAUCAGGGAGGACAGGUACAGGUACAGGUGAGCUGUUGAGCAGAGGGGAAGGUUUAAAAAAAAACAGAUGAUGAAGUUAUGUUAUAAGGGCUUGAAAGUGCAACCGUUUCACUCGCAUUUGCAACUAAAAAUAGAAGUGUGUGAAUUGUAAAAAAAUCAUCUGAGGCAACAAAUGUUUUUUCAUGUAAAUACCACGGUGAAGUUAGUUUUAGGUUGGAUAUUCGAUGGACAUUCACGGAGGAUCUACUGGUGUCUUCUAAAACUCUCAAUAACCAGGAAUGGCAAGAGCAGCGUGGUUAAAUCUGCUCGGCAUCCUCGCUGUAAACGUCAGAUGUUGAAUAAGGGACCAUCAAUAAAUUACUGGUUGAUGUUCUCAAAAAAGGCUGUUUUCCCUCAAUAGUUUUAAUGUCAUAUGACCAGAGGGCCUUAACCCAUUAAGACCUGAACCCUGUCUAAGACGUGCCUCCGAAAUCCUGAGGGCAAUUUUGAGAAGGGCCCCCAGAUCCUGAAGUGUUAAGGUUUACAAAAAAGCUGCUAUCUCGGCCUCUGUAGUAGAUAGAAACAAAAUUCAAAAAGUAUUUGAGAGCUUACACAUGUGGCUUUCAAGAUAACUAUCUUUUAUUUUUCCGAACCUUCAUCGCAUUAUUGAAAACCUUGAACAAACAAACUUAAGUGAAACAAAGCUGCUGUAUAAAUAAAAGUAAAGGCUCUGCAUUGGAGAAUAACAAACUAUUUGCUUUCUGUAAAACAAGUGGCAGUCAUGAUAAAGUGUCCAUUCAACACAAAUGUAAAUAUGAAAAAUAAAGUGUUGAAAAGGUAUACAGCUGCCCCAGUAUAGUGCCAGGACAAAAGCAGCACUAAAAACUAAAAAAUAAGUAAACAAAUAAGUGUCUGACAGUGUGUUCAUCUCUGUGCACACCCAAAGUCAUGCAACACUCACAGAAAAUGCUGAUAGUGUGAACCAAAGCACUCCAUAUGAAGAGGUUGUUCACACUGUUGGAUGUUUCUUCUCCAAAGCUGCUCUUUGCCUCCGUCACUGUUUACUUUCCUCACGAAGCAUGUAGCAAGACCCGAGCAUGGAUCCGAUCGCUUUAUUAAGCUUUAUGAGCCUAUCAGAGGCAGACAGGUAUGAUGACCCACGACUCCAGAAAUGAUUGAAAAACUAAAGAAUGUUACAAAAUGACGAAUCUGCGCUCCCAGGUUGGAGGGUAGAAAUGCACAGCGGCGCUGCUGGCUCCAAAGAUUGAAAUAUGUACACACUUCUCCCGGCUUGAAGGGUUGAAAUACCUACAUGCACCCGGCUUUCCAAGUAGAAAUGUGCAGCCGAGCUCCCAGCUUGGAAGGUUGAAAUGCGUGCAUGCUGUCCCGGUUUAAAUGGGUUAAAUUGAUUUCAAAUAAUAGUACUUACGUCUACCAAUAAGACACGCAUUAUUUGAUCAAUUUUCAUUAUGCCCCCAAAGUUCUUUGUGUGCUCCUUACUUUUUAAACUUGCUUUAAUAAACGGUAUGAUAUGCUCAAAUCUGGCUGUAAACUCUACAUGUGAUAGAUCUCUUGUAGGUAGAGCUACACAGCUGCACAGAAAUUGCACAUUGUGGACUUUGCUGGGUGAAAUGGAAGUGAACAAACAGGAGGACAGUUUGAGCCUCUGGACUCUGGAGACCUCCUUUUAAUAGACUGUCUUACAUACCGGAGUGACCUAUAUUACAGAUUUUACAGUAGAUUGGCACAGUCCUGCUGUGAUCUCAUAUGGAGAAAGCAGGAAGACUGUGCAGAAGUGUGUAUCUACUGGUACAUGUUAUCUCUCCUGUGUGUCCGUGAACACAUCCUACAGAUUGUCAGCGAAUGUAACACUGCAGCCUGAGCCUAUUACUGGCUUAAUAUAGUACUUAAAAUACACCUGAUAGCAUUAAGCCCUCUGCUUAAACUGUGGAAGAGUACAGCUCCACCAUCGUCCUGAAAAAGGGAUAAUCCUGUAAAACACAGGUGCUGCUGUCCAAAACUUUAAAAAAAAAGAAAGUUUUUUUUCAUACAAUCUUAACAGGUUUGUUUAGACUGAGAAAAACAGAUCCUUAUGUUAUAGGUCAUAUUAUUGACCUCUGUCAGUGGAAAGUCUGAGAUGAUCAAAGCUGUCAUUGUUUAGGUUCUGUCUAAUCAGCUGUAGACACACCCCCAUAACAGAAACUCCAGAGACGGCACAGUCAGGGAAAGAUCACCUGUGCAGAGUCAGCACAGUGUUCAGUCACUCAUUAAAAGUUUGAAUGCAGUCAAAUAUCCACAGUCUCACAAUGGUACAACUCUCUCUCUUCUCCCACUUCUUUGUUUCCCUUUUUCACUUUACAUAACGCUCUCUCUACCUGCUUUUCAACUCAGCCCCAUACUAUCAGGGAUGCUGACUUUGAACUGGGAGCUGAUAUAAUGCUCAAUGGUCUCUCUACUUUUUAGAGAGGAAGAUACAGCAUCCAUGGUUUUAAAAAGAGUGUUAGAUUUUGGUUGGUCACACCUGAGGACAGUUUUCUUCUCCCCCUCAGUCCAUCUUAAAUGGUCUAAGGUUCAGAAAAGUCUCUGGUGUUUCUGGAUCCUGUUUCUAUCUGGUUUUCUCUUUGUAUGGUUUAGUUUUAGCCUCUUUUAUGGAUGCAGUGAUGAACCGUGUUCACAGACAAUGGUUUUUGAAGUGAUUUUGAGUCCAUGCAGUGAUUUUUCCCUACAGAGUCCUGUCUGUUGUUAAUGUAGUGCUGCCUGAGGGCCUGAAGAUCAGGACCAUCCAGUCUUGGUUUUGAUUCUUGUCCUGUCAGUACAGAGAUUUCUUCAGAUUCUCUGAAUUUUUGAAUGAUAUUAUGUUUUGAAGUUGAUGAAAUCCACUCAUUCUUUCACCUUUGAUGCUCAGGAACAUUUUCCUGAAACUGUUUAAUUUAAAUUUAAAAUGAGCAGGAAUAUUUCAUCAAAACAUUUCUCAGUUUGAAAAGUUUUCAAAGUCUUUGAAUGAUUUACAAACCAUCACUAAGAGCCCAAACCAUGAAGGAGUUGGAGUUGUACUGUAUAACAGCAGACUCUAGCCUUUGGUGUUUCUGCUCUUAAACAUAACCACCAUAAUCGUUGAAUCACCUUUUUUUCUUGUCAAAAAAAAAAUAAAAAAAAUUCUGGGAGCAGUGACUGAUAAAUAGGCUGAAAAAACUAUCACUAAAAUAAAUUGGAAAACUAACGCUUAUGAAACGUCCGUAGUUUUUGUCCUUAAAAAAGGAUCUCAUAUGACCACAGCACCCUGACAGAUACACUGCUUCAUGGAUUGUGGAUGGGAGUUCAGGUUUUUUUUAAAUCAAAUAAUGCUUUCAGUUUCCAUAUUACUGAAAGCUAACUCUGAAAAUAACAAAAGACUAAACUUCCUGUACUUCCUGCCCUUACGUGUGUGUGUGUGUGUGUGUGUGUGUGUGUGUGUGUGUGUGUGUGUGUGUGUGUGUGUGUGUGUGUGUGUGUGUGUGUUUUCAGAUCCAGAACAUCCAGCUGGAGAGGGAGAUGGCUCUGGCAUCAAACCGCAGCCUGGCUGAACAGAACCUGGAUAUGAAGCCUCGACUGGAAUCCCAGAAGGAGCUGCUUGUGGAGAGAUACUCACAGCUGGAGUCCAUCAGAGAAAACUACAGACAGCACUGCUCCUUAAGAGGUACAGAGGGACAGGGGGGAGAUGGGCGGGGGGUGCCUGACUAUGGACCUUUCACAUCCAAUAAAUCAUGGUACUCACUGUCUGAUAGAAAGGGAGAAAUUACAGACGUAAAAACAGAUUGAUCAGAGUGAGGAGCAUUUACACAAUAUUAUCAGCACAUUGUCGGUACCAGUAGAUGUAAACAUCUCCACCAGUAUUUAUGGUAAAUAGGAGGACAAAUCAUUUUUGUGGAUGUCAUGAAAAUUUCUGUAGAAUAGAAUAGAAUAGAAUAUUCCUUUAUUGAAUCACCAUUGUACACCAACAAUGAACUUCAAAAAACUGUACACAAGUAUUUCAAAGUGCUGUAAACGUACAAGGAAAUACCUUGUGAUGCUUGUAAUGCUACCAGUUAAACUGCAUUUCAAGAAUUGUCAUUUGAAAGAACACCAAGAAUUUUCGGAGAACUUUUAAAAGCACCUACAACAAAACAUGGCAGCAUCCUCUUCUUGAGUUAUUCAACAAAGCUAAGACAUAAAACAGAGAGAAACCAGGGAUAAAGGAGCUAAACAAGGAAAUCAAUGACCUUACUACUGUCACUAAUAAACAUGACGGCUUCUUCAGGCAAAGUAUUUACUUGGAUUAGCAUCGGUGUCAGUAACAGUAUUAUUGUCAGUAUCAGUAACAAUAUUGGUAUAAGUACAAGUGUUGUAACUACUGUCAGAAUCGGUCGUAAAAAAUAGUAAUUGAAUUAGUAUCUAACAGUGUUUGUUUUCCUUGAAGAUUUGUAUCAAAUCCUUGUUUGUAUUUGCAUCAGUAUUAUUAUAAGAAUUAGUAUUAUUAUAAUGUGAAAAUAGAUGUGGCUACAUUUAUCAGAUUUAUCAGUGUUAGUAUUGUAAUAACUGUGUUAAGAUUGUUAUUGGUAUCAGUGUCUAUAUUGCUAUAAUAAUUAGUAUUGGUAUCAAAUCAAUUUUGGUAUCAGUAUCAGUUUUGUUAUCGGAAUCCAAUAAGUAAUAAUAUAUGUAUCAGUACUGAAAUCAAUGUCAGUAUGAACGUCAAAUCAGUAUUGGUAUAAAUAUAAGUAUUUGUGUCAAAUCAUUACUUGAUCCAGUCAGAUCCAGUCCUAACCCUAACAAGGUUUCCACUGUAAUGAUUGUAAUGAAUGUAAAUGAUUGUGGCGCACUGCCACGCCAUUAUAAGCUCUCCCCCCACAGUUUCAAAAAACCCUGGAGGAAACCAUGGUCUUUAGUGUUUGUAUGGAUACUAGUUUUAGUACUAGCUGGUACUAGUAUUGAUAUCAACAUUGGCAGCCUUUUUGGUAUUCAUAUCAGUGUUGUCACUGUUACUAGUAUCAGGGUUGGAGUAAGUAUUAGUAUCAGUAUUGGUCACAAUCUGUAAAGCUAGCACAUCAGUAUCUGUAGGAGUAUCAGAAGCAGUUUUGUUAUCUGUACCAGUAUUGGCAGAGUAUAGACAAUUAAACCAGACUUGACUAUUGAAUGAUAGAUUUUGAAGACAGAGAGCUGGUUUACAUUAAGUCCAUCUGAGUUAACUGAGUUCAAGAAUGGCAGGAGAGACAUAGUAGUUCAACAUAAAGUGUACACAUUGGCCCUCAUUUAUCAAUCUUUCGCAGAUCUGAGCGCAGGAUUCAUCUUACGAUAGGACACACAUGCGAUUUAUGAUUACGAUUUUAUGCGAUGCGAAAGGGUUCGUAUCUGACCAAUCCCAGCGUACGUAUGAUCGGGUCUUGAUAAAUGCGGCGGCUGUAAUCGAUCGUCAUUAACAUGUUUACGCCCUUAAAUAUUCGUGGUUCAGAAGCCUCGCCCACUGAGGUCAAACAUGAGAGGAGAAAUACUAGAAAGAUUCAAAUUUCUUCAGAGCUGGAAGUGGAUAUCCUCACAUCUGUGGUGGAAACUAACAAGGAUUUUCUCUUUGGAAACAUCAAAACUGGUAUAAAAGCAGUCCAGAAAACUCCUGUCUGUUUUCUGGGAUUUCAGGAUUAUGGUGGCGCUGAACAGCGCUGCUGCGGAAUAGCAGACAGUGGCUGAAGUUUGAAUAAAUCAUUAGUCAAUAAGUUGCUCAUGAUGAUAAAUUAAUAUCUCAUACGUGCCUCAUAUUUUUUAUCGCCAUGACAUUAGGGUAUGUUUCUCCUAUUAUUGAAAGUAUUUAGUUUGAAUUUGUUGCGUCUUUGUAAUGUAGAGCGGACUGUAGAGUCUGACAGAGGCUGAACAAAAAUAAUUAUUAACCUCACCUAACGGUGUGUUGCUGCCCCUGAGGCACAUUUUUAUGGAUUUCUAUUGGAUUUUUAUCACUGAUUAAAUAGCAAGAGCACUCUCUAAACUGAUACUUUACAUCAGAAUCCAUCAAUAAGGUCCUGUCUCCUCUGUACAGCACCUUUGUGGAGUCUCUCCUCGUUAUUGUUCUCCGGGCAUCAGGUCCUCACGUUGCACCGGCACAGCUAACGGCACUCCAUUCACCAGUGCAACAUUGUGCAAAACUGUACUGGCCCAAAUGAUGUCCCACACCCUUUCAGGAGUGUACAACAACGUCCCCGCUGCUGGGCCAAGACAGAGACACCUGCCUUUUAGGAGUCAAACACAGCGCUCCACAGUGGCGCGUGUGUGCGCAAUGUUGAAAUGGCGCUCCUGCUCUGUGGCAGUGUUUCUGGGCAGAAUUAUCAAAUAGACCUAAUCACUAAGGACAUAACAAAUUUAUUUUGUUUUAUUUACAUCUUAAUCUUUAAUGAAAUCUGGCUGAUUGUGCUUAAUGACAGGUUUGAGGUUUGUAUAUCAAUUAUUUUGAGACAGACAUUUGCUGCACCGCAGAUCCACACUGACUCAAACUUACGUACACAAUGUCAGACCUGUCAUGAGAUUUGGUCGUAGCGUACGCUCAGGUGCAGAUUGAUAAAUGCCGAUCCUCAUGUCAAAACUGUUGUACGCAAGGUGUACGCAAGUUUUCUGCUGUACGCAAGCUUGAUAAAUGAGGGCCAUUGAGUCUACACAUCCGCCUGGAGUAUUUAGCAUUUACAGGGUUUUAUCAUACAGGGCUCCAAGUUCCUUCUGAUGACUGAAACUUUUUAACUGGUUAAAUAAUGAUGUUAAAAACUGGAACAGUGCCGUGAGUCUGACUUCAAAAUUUAUUCUGUCAGCCUAGUAUACAAAGCUGAAGGAGGACCGAUUUGUCCUAAUCAGAGUUCAUUUCCUGUUAUUUUGCUCGUACAGUAAAUCGUUCUCUGUGUUUGAUAGUUAUUAGAUAGAAUAAAAGAUCAGAAACAGACUGAACAGCAGCACACUGGGGAGAAGCUGAAGGAUGUGUGUCGCAUUUGUUUGGUGCAUAUACAGCAGCAUACAGAAAUGUGCAGUUUGUGUCUAAGGCGGUGUGCAGAGGUCUACACUUGGUGCCUGUGUUUAGUGGUACAAGUGACAGGUGCUCUCUGUGGAGCUGAUCUGAAUACAAGGAGAGGCACUCCACUAUAAACAGCCUUUGACUGUUAAAUAUCUGAUGCGGACAGUCUGAGAAGGCUCUGUCACACCCACCAAUGAUAUCACGCCCUGUUACAUAACAGCUGAAGUUGGUCCAGGUGCUUUGUGUAACCUGUGUGAAAGCUGGAACCCUUAAAGAUUGAAAGUUACAGCUCAGUUUGAAGGAUCACUUUAAAACAACUGGGAAAAAAGAGUCAUGCUCUGUCAAAUGAAAUUAUCAGAGUGCAGUGAACUUCUCUGUCUGCAUUCACACUCUCACACCCUCUCUCACCCGUACAAUGAUGUCACAGCACACAGGUGUGCCCUAUCUAAUAACACGUCAGCAAAGGUAGCACGUGGAUAGAACCGGUUUUUAAUGUGCUGUGCCUGAAAAGUCUAAAACCUUGUUUUUUUCUCUCUCUCUCUGUCCUCAGAUGGGAUGGUGGGUCAGGUGUCUCCUGAGGCAUUUUUCUCCAGACUACAGACAGAGGGCAGCAAAACGGAGGCAGAGUCAGAGGUCAGAAAUGUUAACACACUCACAUAUGCACUUACACAAACACUAGCAGGUUUCAGAUAUGUAUCAAAAUCAUGUCUGAGGCUGCACUCAUUCUGAACAGUCUGUACUGUACCUGAGCAUCUCUCACCCCUACAAUCCAGCUUGUUUGACUGGUGUAAGUGCUCCCCACUGCUCCUAGAGUAUGAUACACUUCCCUGGCCUUAGCACUGUUGGCAGAGGCAAGCUUUGGCAUGAGGACAUAAUGAUGGUUAUACUGCUCCUCUAAAAAACUCAGUAUGACUACUUAUGCACUUAAACAAGCAUGAGUAACAUGGCAACAUGGACAUGACUUAGAGUGAUGAAAGUGCUCCUAUCACUACCCUGUAUAAAAAAUAAUAAUAAUUAGUAACCAUACUGGUCAUUACAGCUGUCUUCGUUUACCAGUAAUGAUGAUCGAUGUCUUUUGAAAAAAAAAGAAAUAUUGAUAUUGUGUUAAACUAAUCAUCUGGUAGAAUGAAGAGAUGAAGAAGAAGCAGCAAAACCCUGCUGUAUGUAUGUACAACAGAUGGGCCUAAUGGUACCCAGGUGUGGUUAAGAUCGGAGGAAAAUGAGUGCAGGCCUUUGGGGUCUGGGGAGGAGGACUCAACAUGCCUCAAUACGAAGGAUCGACCAAUAUGUUUUUUUAGGGCCGAUACCAAUUAUUAGUUAUCAAGGAUACUGAUAACCAAUAUUUGGUGCUAAUAUUCAUUUGUAGUAAAAAUAUAUAUUUUGGUGUCAAAUUUUUUUGUGUGAAUAAUUUGUACAUUUAUAUGUUUCAGCCUGUAUGUAUCCAGUGGGUCUAAAAAGAUUUGCGUCCGACAUUGACUCAUCUGAUCAGCAUUAUUUUUGACGUCACAUUAAAAAUCAACAUAGCAGAUCACGGCUCAUUCAUGUUCUACCAAACUCCGUAGUGAAUGAAGAAAAACAAAAACUACAGAAAGACAUUUAUCCAACCACUUGUAAAGACAAGACAGUACGAAGACUUUUUUCAGCCGUGCUGCUAAUUUCAGAGGCGCUCGGCUAACUGAAAAAUAUAUACAGUGGAUAUAAAAACUCUACACACCCCUGUUCAACUGCCAGGUUUUUGUCAUGUAAAAAAAUUAAAUCAAGAUAAAUAAUCUAACAACUUCUUCCACCUUUAAUGUGACCUGUUACCUGUACAACACAAUUUUAAAACAAACAGAAAUCUUUCGGGGAGGUGAAGUAAAAAUAUACAACUGAGAUCAUGUGGUUGCCUAAGUGUGCACACCCUUUAAUAACUGGGGAUGUGGCUGUGUUCAGAUUUAAUUAAUAACAUUCAAACUCAUGUUAAAUUGGAGUCAGCACACACCUGUCACCAAUUAAAGUGCCUCUGAUCAACCCCAAAUAAAGUUCAGCUGUUCUAGUAGGCUUUUCCUGACAUUUUUGUAGCCACAUCUUCCAGCACAAGCCAUGGUCUGCAGAGAGCUUCAAAAGCAUCAGAGGCAUCUUAUUAUUCAAAGAUAUCAGUCAGGUGAGGGCUACAAAAGAAUUUCCAAGGAAUUAGAUAUACCAUGGAACACAGUAAAGACCGUCAUCGAUAAGUGGAGAAAAUAUGGCACAACGGUGACAUUACCAAGAACAGGAAGUCCGUACAAAAUUGAUGAUAAGACAAGAAGAAAACUGGUCAGGGAGGCUACCAAGAGGCCGACAACAACACUAAAGGAGCUGCAGGGAUUUCUGGCAAGUACUGGCUAUGUAGUACAUAAGACAACAUCUCCCGCUGUCUUCAUAUGUCUGGGCUAUGGGGUAGGGUGGCAAGACAGAAACCUUAUCUUACAAAGAAAAACAUCAAAGCCCUGCUUAAUUUUGCAAAAAGACAUCUGAAAUCUCCCAAACGCAUGAGGGAAAAUGUUUUAUAGUCUGACGAAACCAAAGUUUAACUUUUUGGGCAUGGUUGCAAAAGGUAUAUUUGGCGCAAAAUCAACACUGCUCAUCAGCAAAAGAACACCAUACCCACAGUGAAGCAUGGUGGUGGCAGCAUCAUGCUUUAGGGUUGUUUUUCCUCAGCUGGAACUGGUGCCUUAGUCAGGGUGAUGGGAAUUAUGAACAGUUCCAAAUACCAGUCAGUGUUGGCGCAAAACCUUCGGCCUUCUGCCAGAAAGCUGAAGAUGAAGAGGAACUUCAUCCUUCAGCACGACAAUGACCCAAAGCACACAAGUAAAUCAACUACAGAAUGGCUUCACCGGAAUAAGAUUGAGACUUUGGAAUGGCCCAGCCAGAGCCCAGACCUGAAUCCCAUCGAACAUUUGUGGGGUGAUCUGAAGAGGGCUGUGCAUAGGAGAUGCCCUUGCAAUCUGUCAGAUUUGGAAUGGUUUUGCAAAGAAGAGUGGGCAAAUAUUGCCACAUCAAGAUGUGCCACGCUGAUAGACUCCUACCCAAAAAGACUAAGUGCUGUAAUAAAAGCCAAAGGUGCUGCAACAAAGUAUUAGUUUAAGGGUGGGCAUAUUUGUGCAACCAGGUUAUUUUAACUUUUCUAUUUUUUAUUUUUCCCCUUAAAGGUUUUAGUUUGUUUUUCCAAUUGCAUUGUACAGGUUAUAGGUCACAUUAAAGGUGGAAAAAGUUGUGAAAAUAUUUAUCUUGCUGUCAUUUUCUUACAUCACUAAAACCUGUCAGUUGAACAGGGGUGUGUAGACUUUUUAUAUCCACUGUAUGUAUGUAUGUAUGUAUAUAUAUGUUAAUAGGCGAGGCGGCUGGGUCCAAGUUUCACCUCUGGGUGUGUAUGUCAUUGAAACAGAUUAUCAGAAGACUUAAGUGUUUUUAAAACUUCAGCUCAGACUUUUUUUUCUGCAACUUUGACAUUUUCUGUAGCCUUACCUUCAUCCACCAAACCUCUUGCAAAUGCAGCCGUUUUUUGCUUUAUUUUAAAAUGAGAAAAGAACCAGAGGUAGUGCAUGCUAGCUCCGUACGCUUUUCAGAAACUGUGGAGCACCUCUAGCGGUGUUGUUACCUUGUAGUUUGUUUCUUUUAUUUUAUUUCUCCAUGCUUAAUGGUGUUUGUUAUAACUCUGAGCAUGUGGUUUAUGAGAAGUGUAAGUUGAAGAAUCUUAUUUUUGACUGUGAAGAUUGCCUCUGGGGAAUGACUCUGCCAUUGGUUGAGAAGGAGGCGAAAGUGGUCUGUAUUACUUUGUGUAUUAUUUAUCUGUGUUAGCUACAGCGCUCAGCAGUGCUAUUUAUGUAAUGAUUACAACAGCUGAUAUUGACUUUUAUUUUGUUUAUUGAAGUUUUAGUUCUACAGUGUUACUGAACAUCAGUGUAAGGAACAGGAGUCUCGCAUCUAUUUAACUGGCGGCAUACCACCGAUUCAUGGAGCACUCUUCUCUCUCCCUUGCUGUGAAGCUGCACCGAGAGUGUUGAUUGGCUGUCUGUGUAGCUAAUCAGUGGGGAUUGUAGGCGGGACACUGUUACACAGCCAAGAGUGGUGACUUCAGGCAGAGGAAGGUGGCUGUGUAGGAGCCGAACAAGUGCAUUUUAAAAUAAACGUAUUUUAUCAGCUAUCAGUGGAAAAAAUGGCCGAUGCUGAUUAUUGUAAAAAUGCUGAAUAUUAGCCGAUAUUAACGGCCUUGCUGAUUAUUGGUCAGUCCUUACUCAGUAAGGUACCAGGAAAUUGGGCGGAGUGUGAGCGCAGUCCGAAGAGACAGUGAUGUGAAGAAGUGUUUUAGAAGUGCUUACUGAUGAUGUGCUAACUGUGUGUGUGUGUUUGUUUGUUUGUUUGUGUGUGCGCAGGCUCUAGCUGAUGAGUUUUUGGAAGGUUCCUUGCCAUUGGAUUCCUUCCUGGAGCGCUUCCUGUCCCUUCGCUCGCUGGCUCACAGGAGGCGGGUUCAGAUAGAGAAAAUGCAAGAAAUCCUGAGACAGAGGAGUGAAGGCCAUCCCAUCGCCAUAACAUCAUCAGCUGGCAGCCAAGACCCUGCCCCCUCAGCUUGGAAUCAACCCACGUCAACAUCAACGACCACACCAAGCUCCGCCUCUCAGAAUCCCUCACAGCAAUCCGCGUCCUCGUCAGCAGGGGGCACCUCUGGCCUCCCAUACAGCCCCUAUCCCAUCAUUCCCCCUAACCCCCCAACAGCAGCAGUAGCAGCAAGCUCUGGCCCUGUGAACCCCCCAUCACAAUUUCCUCCCUACCCAAGUUCUGGCUCACCUUUUACCCCCACAGGAAGCUUCUCCGGUCCCCGGCCCGCCUUUGGGCCCCCGGCUUCAGGAGGCUGCCCCUACCCCACCCAGCCCUCCUUCCCUGCCCCCCACCCAGGCUCAGCGUUUGGUCAGUACACCCCCAGCCACCCACCGAGUGGCCCCGCCCCCUACCCUGCAUCCUACAGCUAUGGGGGCUAUAGCUACCCAGCAGGGCCUGCCUACUCUAGCUCUCAGUCCCCCACAGGGAGGCCCCUGUACAGACCGGGGUACGGGGUCCCACAGCCGUACUCCUGAGAGCCCCGCCCCCUGUCUCUUCUUCUCUGUGCCCUCUCCCCUCCUGUUUACCUGACUCCUCCCCUUAUCCCUCCCCUUCUUGUCUUUUUACCUUUUCUAACCUCCCCACAGACCCCGCUCCUACAAGCCCCGCCCCCAGAGUCAGAGGUCUCUCGCUUUACUUCUCUUUGUUGCACUAUUACUCUCUAUCUCACCCCUUCCCCUCCCCUUUCCCCACCCACACACACUCACACACUAGUCUCAGGUUGUUGUGUUAAAAACUCUCGUAUCUGGCUCUUUACACACACCCCCACUCCCCCCACCCCCCGCCCCCCUCACCCCCUGUCAUGUGUAUGUGUCUGUGUGUGAGUGUGUCUGUUGCUUUCAGCCAAUCAGAAAGUAAGAACAGAGUGCAUUGACCUCACAACACACAUGAACAGAGUGCAGUGUGUGUGUGUGUGUGUGUGUGUGUGUGUGUGUGUGUGUGUGCGUGUGCGUGUGCGUGUGCGUGUGCGUGUGCGUGUGCAUGUGGGUGUGGGUGUGUGUGUGUGUGUGCGUCCAGCAGAGGGAGCUGUCGGUCCUGUUCCUGUGUUUCUUCACUCCUUUGGUGAUUAAUAUCAGACCUGGAUGUUGUUUAGUCCUGUUGGGUUCAGAUCUUCCACACUCACUCUCUGAAGUCAUCACAGGUGUGUCAGGUGAUCUGUUUUGCUCACAGUCACCUGCAGACAGUUGGAGAGGCAGCACACACCUGUGUCCCCCUUUGUCUUUAACCAAAGAUCUGAUUUCAGUUUAAUGUCAUGCGAAAGAGAAGCUGCAGUUGUUAGCUCUGAAAAACAGCACUCUGUGCGCAUCGGCGCUUUCUGUUGGUUUCUCUCAGGACUGUCCAUCUUGUAAACCAUCACUGAAGCUUAAGAAGCUCUCAGUUAGUCCUGCUGGAUAUGGAUCAGUCCAGGUGGGGGCACCUGCCAGACCCAGACUCAGCAGUUCUUAGCCUUGGGGCCCCCCACCAGGGAUUUCCUGGUGGUCAUCAGAUGAUUGUGGAGAGAAAAAAACAUUGUGAUCUCAAAUAAAAUAUCUUUGACUUAAAUUAGUGUUUACAUGAAAUCACCUGAAUAAGGGACUACAUUUGUCUUACAGGAGCUGCUCUCAACUGACAUUGUGUUAACUUUAUGAGUUGGUGCUGUCAGCACCGUCUUUCUUCAUGAGUUUGACCUAAGGCCGUGACCUAUCUCUUAUUAAAAUGUUCAGGUUCUAAAAAAAAGUCCUUUAGUUCGAUUUUUUUUUUUUGCUCAUGAACUCCAACAAAGUCUUUUAUGGGAGUCAUGGCUUGAAAAAUUUGACAUCCGUCUCUUUAGCUAUUUUACACCCACCAGCUGGACUCAGCCUGCUGUCUGCUGCUUUUCAAGUGGGGAACUUUAUCAGUUUAUCAGUCUGCAUCCUGGCACCACUGAAGCUAGGUUAAAUUUGGAGGAGUUUGGUUUGGCAGCCAAAUAAUAUGGUCAGAAAGACUUUUUACUGCUCAGAUCAUCUGCAAAGAAAAACAAAAUUCAAAGCUUUUUGCAAAUUCACAUCAGUUCAGAAUUUCAGCUAAAGCUCCAAAUUCACAGCACACUGUGUUUGGAAGAUAAGUUGGUGCAGUUCUCUUGAAGUUUUCUUGUCGUCUUGCAAUCAGACCUAAUAAGACAGGCAUUCUGACUCUAAUCAUUGGUCAUGAUGGUGUUUUUUUCAGCAUCCUCUCAUUAUUUGUCAUUGACCUUGGUGGUACUUGCUAGCUACAAUGAAACUACAUUCUAGCUCAGACAGCUAAAAUCUAACUGAGAAUCAUCCAAGAAAAACAGUGAAACCUAGACUCAAUAAAGCAGAAGAGACAUUUAUGGUGAAACCAAGACUUAGAAGAAUAUACAGAGAGUACAAAUGAAUACAGUGAAUCAGACACUUUGGUCUAGUCAAACUGAGACUUAAAAAAGACAGUGAAACUGAGUUGUAGGGGAUAUAGAUACAGCAAAACAAAGACUCAUCAGAGUGGGGGGAACAGGUGCUCCACAGCUGAACCAGAGUGCUGUUAGUGAGUGACUCUUAGAGAGAAUCUGGUACCUACCCAAGCUGCCAGGUCAUCCAACUGGGACCUGGCAAGUCUGAAGUAGCAGAGAGCAUCAAGAAAGUUAAUCUAGUCACAGCUCAUGGAGUAGAAGGAGGAGUAGGAGUCAUUGGGUGAUCAGAAGUCAGGUCAUGCACACAGGACUGAUGGGGUCAGUAGUUUCUGCGCUCAGGUGUGAAUCUGGAAGUGUAACUGUGUUUCUAUGAGUGUGAAUAAAUGAAACAUGUCUUCACAUCCUGUCCACCCCGCACCCUCUCUUUUACAUGAACUGAUGCUGGACAGAUCACCUGAACUCUGUGUGUGUGUGAGGACAUGGGCUGGUCUGUGGUCAAACAUGGAGGUAAUCGGUGUGGAUGGAUGAUAUAAAUAACACUGAUUUUAGGCUGAUUAUGGAUCUUUUAGAAGAAGAGAGCACCUCCAUAAAUUACUUGUUAGAGUUAAACAUUUCAUCAAACUGAUCAUGUUUUAUAUCAAAUUUCUCUCAGCUGUUUUACAAUCCUUUGGUUUGAUCAGCUGAUCAGGAACACAUCCUUAAGCUCCAAGUCUUAAAGUGUUUAAAUCUGUCACACAUUGAAGGUGGUUCACAAAGAUCCAAACUGUUUCAGCCUCUAUAAUUCCAGGGUCCAGGAGUUUGACAGUAAUUUAAUCAGAAUUAAAUCAUCGGAUUACACUGAAUGUCAGAAAAUCGUGUUUCUUAGUGAACAGGAUGAGGAGAUCCAGUUGAGUUUUCUACCCUGAUAAACCUCCAGUUUGUGUCAUUCAAACUUUGCGAUAGGAGUAAGAUCACUUUGAUCAAGAAUUAAAAUCAUUCUGAUCCAAGUGAAGGAUUGGAUUACAAGAACUGUGUGGAAGAAAACUUUAAAACUGUCAAAGCAUAAAAAAAGAGUUACGGUUAUCAAACUCAUGAAGACAGCGUUUUGUAUUUUGCUGAAUUUCUUAGAGCAGAUUAAGGAGAUACUUGGGUUACUCCAUGAAUUUAACCCUAUGUAAUGAUUCAUCAUUUAACAGCAAUAUAACAAUAAUAAAGGACAGAAAACGGUGCGUGAAAAUGCUGGAUCAGUGUUGAUGUCUCCUUUAAAACUGGUAAUCUAGAUUUAGUAAAGUCUUAAUCUAGCACUGUUUUUUUCUGAAAGAGCAGAACAGAAAAGUCAACUGGAUUGCCUGAUCCUGGAAAAAGAAGGAAAAGAGAGUAACAAAUCAACUUUUGAAUAACUUGGCCCUGGACUAUCAUCUACAGCUCACCAAACCAGACCAAGUGAACCUUUAAAGGUCCCAAACUACAAAAACCUGUUUUUCUUAGUCCAUAUGUUUGUAUUUUAGAACCUCCAGCUCAACAUCCCUCAAACUGCGAACAUAAAGAAGUCUCUGCAUUAUUUCUGUAGUCCACCUCCUGGAAAAAACAUUACAUCUACAAGAGGGUUUGAGUUUGGUCCUGUCGUGACACAAUGACAGGAGUGAUUUCAGGAUAAGCAUGCAUUCAACCCCACCCCCACCCCCUCCCACUCCUUGUGUGACUCUGCUUCCACCUUUGCUAUUGUGGCUACCUGCAAGCAUGGCCAACUGCAUCAAGUUGUGCACAAAAGGCAAGGCCGAACCCAAGAUUUGAGCUCAGAGGUGUUUGGUUCCAACACUUCAACAGUCACCACCUCCAGAUUCUGGAUCAAAUGUAUUGUUACAGGUUCUCCUGGUGGGCUUGCAAUUACUUUUUUAUUUUUUCAUCGUAUUUUCAUCUCUGCACCUGUCUGCACUGGUCUCCUCCCUUCCCAGUCAAACAACAUUUAGAGUUGUCAGCCAAUCAGAGCAGAGCUUCAUUAUCAUAGCAGCCCCACCUACUCAGAUCACUGCAUGGCUAAUGAGGUCGGAAACUUGAGAGGCUGCAGAUCCUCCACAGAGGUGGAACCUAGAAAGCCAACUAAGACUGAUCAAUAUAUUGGGAUCUUUAAAAGCUCACACUGACUGAGCUGAAAGGAAAGAUUUAAAACCUGGAGGAUGAGCACAGUUUGGUGACAGGUGUGUCUGAAGGAGACUGGCAUACACACACACACACACACACAGUUUAUGUUCAGUCAGUGCGCCACACUGCAUGACAGAGGAUCAGACAGAGGAAAUAAACUACUCAUUAAAGUCAGAGAGACUUUAACCUCAUUUGACAGCGAAUAAUCAUCUGUUCAGGGUCAGCGAGUCUGUCUGAACUACAAAUCCAAACUAGACUACAAAACCCAGCUUACCACCUCCUCUUCUACAGGAAAGGGAAAGUUUUUUAAAUCAUUAUUAUCAUUACUAUUAUUAACCUGGAUUAGAGUCUGUCGCUGUAGCUGUUAAUCCAUGAGAUGACAACAGCUGACGUUUAGAGUUUUUUUUAUUUCUCUCCUUCUGUCUGAUGCUUGUUUAAUCUUAACUGAGUAGUUAUCAUGGAGCUUAUCAGGAUCAAACUUCUCAGCAGCUUUACAUCGGGUAUCAAACCUCACAGAUGCUCAGUGCUGUGAGACUCUGCUGAGCACGGAGGGAAACUCUGAGAGUGUCUCUAAGAACAGCGAUGCCUUCAGGAGCUGUUGUGUUCACAGAUGUUCAUUUUAUGUUACCCUCUGAGCUGAGGUUCAACCUGCAGUAGAGAAAACAGGCAUCAGGUGUAGAAACCUGUAUCUAUCAUAUUUCAUAUUUGAUCACAGUGAUGGAUCGAUUAUUGAGGUGCUCUCACAGGUCUGCAGCUCUGAAUUACAGAGUUCUGGUAGAGUAGAGGGAAGAAUCACUCUGACAGAUGCAUCAGCAGUUUGAUUGAAAGUCAGACGUUCCUCUAUUUAUUACUGCUCUCUUUUUGAGGCUUUAAGGCUGUUAAUAAAGGCUGUGUUAAUGGUUAAUAAAUGAUGUUUGAAUGAUUCAAACCUGGGUUUAUCUGGGUACAGAGCAUGACUUAUUUAAACAAGUGUAGUGCCAAGAGCUCAGACUCUGACUGUGUUCCAUGGUCUUAAACGUCCUGGUUCUGGUCCCGAUCCUGUGUUGGAUCAUACUGCUAAUGUGGUGUUUACAUGCCCAAAGAGAAACCUGGUUAUUCAGAUCCCUUAUUGUGCAGGUGCUUCAGAUGACUAUUUUUACAACUCAAACCUCAGUAAUUUCAUGUAAGCAUGCACUAAAUCUGAAUUUUGCUGAUAUCCAACAUGCUGAUUUGACUCACAUUUAUUUUGGCUAAUUCUGAUAUUCAUUAUGAUAUAUAAAUGCACUUCUUUUCGUAUUGUAAAGAAUGCAGUUUCUCUUGUUACAGAUUUUACCUGCCACUCUUAUUUUGAAAGUCUGUUUAUUAAGAACCAGGCAUGAACAACACAAACAAUAUUUGAUUGUUUUUCUACCAGAGAUGAUGACUGUUUCUUUAAAUACAGACAUUCAAUCAGGCUUUUACUGUCUGCUUUUAUGCAGCCAACCUGUGUGAGCUAUCACCACAUGCUCAAAAUUAAUGCAUUUCAAUCAUCAAAGCAUCACUUUUUUGACCAAUAAUUGAAAUGUGCAUAACUGCCAAUAUGUUGAUAAUAUUGUGCAUCCCUACUUUAGAGAUCUGAGAAAAUAAGAGCCUUCUGUGGCAUAUUGUGGACUUUGCAUAUAUAGAUGGUAACAAGGUAUUACAGAUAAAUAUAUAUAUAUAGAGAGAGAGAAAAGCGCAACAGCUACAAUUCAAUAUUUUCUCAUUCAAAGCAUUCAGUUUUCUCCAUCUAAACUCUAAAUCAUAAUUGAUUAUUUUGUAUAAACUCAGUUUCUUUUUGCGCCAGAAGUCAGACAGAUAUUAGAUUUAAUUAAUAAAAAGUGCACUAUUUUGGCUCCACCACUCGUGUGUCUUUGGCUCUGGGUUAGUUUUCUGACCUCACUUUAUCUCACCUAAAUCCCUGCCCACAACUCUGCCUGUAAGUGUUUACUCCUAUUAAGGACCUUCAGAGUCUCUGUUUUGAUUGAACACUUGUUUCUUAUGCGAGUCUUACAAACCCAGUGUCCUUUUUAAUAUUUUAUAAAUCCUCACAGCUGAAAAAGUAUAAUAUUAAAAAUAUAAAAUAUUCAAGAGAUCAGUUUGAUCACCAGUCAGCUCUGUUAUCUAAACUUAUCAUUGACUUCAUCAAAAUCACCAAAAACACCUUCAGUUUGAAGUUAAACACGUCUGAAUGUCUGUACAUCACUCUGAACAUGAGUCAGCGCCUGUUUGAUUAAAAACUGAUCUAAACAUCAUUAAUAAUUGAUUAACCAUUUACACGCCUUUAUCAAAGACCCUCAUUGUUAUCUCUGAGACAUGAUCAUGCUGCAUGUGACAGUGCAUGACCCACCUGAACCCAAUGCUACAGAGCUAACACAGUGUCUGAGACUGUGAGCGUGAGGAGCCAUGGCGGAGCUGUGUGUGACAUCUUUGUGUCUGAAUUUCUUGUCUCACUCUCUCUCUCUUUCACACACACUCACAGAAAAAAACAGGUGCGUGUGUGUAAUCAGACAGUGACACACUCCAGCAUGUGGAUGAUAUGUGUGUGUGUCUGUCUGCUGCUCUGACUGAAUGAUGACGAUGAUGACGAGGAGGACAGUAGUGAUGAUGUUUUAGAAGAAGCACAAAGAGGAGUUUAAAUAGAGUUUAGCAUUAAAAUCAGAUGGUGAAUUACUAUGAUGAUGAUGAUGAUGAUGAUGAUGAAGAUGUGAUCGUUAAAGAGACUUUUUCUUUUUUUUUCUCUUUUCUGGGGUUGUGAAUAAUUAAACUGAAGUUGAUCUAAAUGAAAACACUCUUGGGUAUUUAUUCAAAACCUUCAAAUGCUGCUGUCAUAAAAACAUCAUGUUUAUUAGCUUCUUGUAAUUUUUUUCACAGAUAAAUUCAAAACAAAGUUACAGUAAACAAAAAUAGUUCAUCAUGUCGGUUUGAUGGUGUUUGAAAAGUAAUUGCGAAAUUGCAUUUCUGAGUAUGUCUGCAUCCAAAUCAGCGUACCUCUCGCAGACCCAAAGGACAGGUUCAGACAGAGUGAGAUUUUCUAUGUCACAAAUCCAAACUCUGCCCCCAAGGCGAUUGAGAGGCGAUUGCGGAACAAGUGUGUGCAUUAGCAGAUUGCAAUGCUCGUAAGAAAGCUAACUAUAUAAGCUUUCAUUAUGGCCCCAAAGACAUUUGUGUCCAAGAGCUGAAUAGCUCCCAUAUUACUUGCCACUUCUGCUGCACAGGCAAUGUUAGGCUGCAAGCUAGCACCAAGAGGAGUGUGCAGAGCAGCGCUGUCCUCGCCCACGACUCAGGGGUGAAUUGCUAAUGAGUUACUGGAGCGCUGAAAAAAAAAAAAGCCCUCGAAAAUGACACGGGUAACGUGGUUUGGCUAAAAAAAAAAAAAAAAAAAAAACAUUGUAGUGGGACUUUACAAUAAUAAUGCAUUAGAUUUUGUAGCACUUUUUUAUCAGUGACCUCAAAGCGCUUUACAAUGGAUACAUCAUUCAUUUCAGUCACACCCUGGUGGUGGCAAACUACCUUAGUAGUCACAGCUGCCCUGGGGCAGGCUGAUGGAAACAUGGCUGCCAGUUUGUGCCUACAGCCUCUCCAACCACCACCACACAUCACUUUAAAGGGAUAUUCCGGCGUAAAAUGAAGUUAGGGUUUAGCACAUCGUAACACCAGGUUAGACACCCCCUUGAUAGAUGAAUGUUGCCGACUGCUUGCUUCUUCAGAUAUACAAACUUCAGCAACGACUGCAUGAAAGCAAUACACAGCGGUCUACAUCUCCACCCGCAAACCUCAACCAAAAAGCCACUCUAUAGCCACAAAUAAUGCUCAGAACAGCCUCAACUUCAUCAACAGUUCAUGUAGAGUCCCAGCCAUAGUGCUGGCCACCAAACAUCUUUUUAGCUUAGGUUAAUUUUUUAGCAAAGAGACUAAACACGACUCACUCACUCUCCUCCAGCAGCCGCUUGUUUGUGGGGGAGCCCUGAUGAGUCGAUCACUGAGUUCACCGGAGUUUGCAGCUCAAGGAAGAAAAUUUUUGAUUAUUACUUAAUGGAAAUGCAAUCAGACUGAGCCGCUAAGGCAGAAGAACUACUGCGUCUGCAGUGCAAAAUGAUUUUUACGAUGAUUAUUACUUAAUGGAAAUGAUCCGCUGGCAACGUUCAACUCUUAAGGGGAUGUCUAACUCGGUGUUACGGUGUGUUUGACCCUAACUUAAAUUUACACCCGAAUAUCCCUUUGAAACUGCAGCCAAAACAACUGUUGUUUCGGUCUUACACCCUACCCCUCCAUGUAAACAGAUGGGACAUGGCUUAUUUGAUGUCAUUAAAAGGGGCGUGGCAUCAUUAUUGACAGCUCUGUGUGUGUACCAGCUCAUUAGUGGCUGUGAAGGUCAGCCCCAAAUCAUUAUAAACAUUAGACAUAAAAUACUAUAAACACUGUCAAUGAUUAGCUUCUUCCAUCUCUCUUAUAACUGUGGUUUUAUUGGCUGCAUCAUCAAGUGCUUUUACAAUGUAGCCCCUGCCUACAGCACCAAGGCAACUGACCACUGACACUCAUACUUUGGGCAUCCAAGUCUUUAUUCAUGACUGUGUUUGUGUUAAUUGGACUAAGAGAAGAAAAAAAAAGCAAAAGAAAAAAAAAUGUAGUAUUGGAGGUAUAAGUUUUCAUACUUUUGUAAUCAACCUUAAUGAUUAAAAUUAAAAUGAAUAAAACACUUUUAAUGGCA